AAGGAGGGUUAGCAGACGAUCUGAAUUAGACACGACGUGACUUACACUGUACAAAGAGUAUAAAGGCAUGUCCAGGAGCUUAUCGCUCGCUCUUCGACCAUGUCUCAAUGCGAGCGUUAAGCCUCGAUGUCGAGAUGCCUAUCUUCGCUUCUAUACAGCUAACACUCAGGCAAAAAAUCAACGAAAAGUAGCCGAGCCCGAUGAUCAACUGGACUCAUUAUGGUCGUCUGUGUCAUAUAGAAAGCGACUGAGACAAUUGACGGCGUUGCAUCCGGAGGGGCAGAAUGCACCCACUGACAGUCUGUACCCACGAAUUGGCAAAGAAAAACGUCUUAGCCCAGCGCAAUUCAGACGGCAGGCAGAGAAAUUGAAUUUAGCCCCAGGAGAUUGGGCGCGCAAGGUCGAAUUCAAGCUGCAGGGCAAGAUCCAACGCGUUCGAGCCAUGAGUCGGAAACUGCUCUUCCUUGACGUUGUUGAGAACGAACAUAGAGUGCAAGUCAUGGUUAGUUUGGAGAACCUGCAGAAGAAAGGGACGUAUAGCUCAACUGAAGUCGAUGAUUUACGGAAGCGGAUCAGUGUGGGCGAUUAUUACGCGUUCUCGGGCGUUGCGCAUCGAACGCCAAAUGGAGAGUUAACGCUCUCCAUCCAAGAGCUCCCGCAACUGCUUGCACCAUCUUUGCACAUUCUGCCAACCACAAUCACUGAUAAGGAGACAUUAGCCCGUCUACCUCAGUUAGAUCUUCUGCUACACCCUAAAAGGCGAGAUUUGCUGCGCCUACGGCAUGUGAUAGAGCAGACUAUUGCCGGUUAUCUAGACAAUGCGGGCUUCAUCAAAGUCACGACACCCAUUCUAGCUGCCGAUACAGGAGGGGCCGCUGCUCAGCCGUUUGAGACUUCGACGAACGAGAUACCAAACGUCCCCUUGCGGUUGCGAAUUGCACCUGAGAUAGGGCUCAAGAAGCUCACGGCCGCGGGUUUGGGUGCCGUAUAUGAGAUUGGCCCAUGUUUUCGAAAUGAAGGCCUUGACAGCACACAUAACCCUGAAUUCACCACGUGCGAAUUUUACAAGCCAUUUACGAGUCUGGACACGCUGAUGUCGAUGACUGAAGAACUGCUUGUGCAGAUGGCUAGGGCGUGUCAAGAAGCUGUGGAAACUCGUCUCACAUCGCUAGAGAAACAAGACCUCACGAGCGAAUAUUUCCUGAGCGCACCGUCCACGUUCGCGCGUCUGCCGUUCCUUCCGACACUGCUGGAGAGGAUUCGAGAAGUCCUUCCUGGGUCUCGUCUACCUCGACGCCUGGACGAGAGCGCUGUCCAAGAGUUGCUUGAGCUGUUCGCGCAACUUCAGCAAAAGGCGCCGGAACUAGAGAUCAAGACACCUGUGAACCCAACAGCGUCGCGGCUGCUAGACUCGCUGAGCUCUUAUUUCAUUGAGCCGUUGUGCCAGAAACCGACCUUCAUCACAGGUCAUCCGGCCAUCAUGUCGCCGCUCGCGAAAUCGUACUAUGACCCGAGGACAGACCAGGUGUUGUCGGCUCGCGCAGAGCUGUUCGUCGGCGGCGUCGAGUUCGCCAACCUGUAUGAGGAGGAGAACGACCCAUUCAUGCAGGCGCGCAAGUUCCUGCAGCAAGCCCGCGGCACUGCCGCGCUCACCAAUGAAUUCGGCAUCGACCUCAGUCAUGAGGAGGUCAAGGCACGGCUCUCUCCGAGCCAGCAGUACUACGUGCGCGUGCUCGAAUUGGGCCUCCCACCAACGGGCGGAUGGGGUUGCGGUAUCGAGCGGCUCGUCAUGCUCUUCGGUGGCGCAAAGAGGAUUAGUGAGGUACUACCCUUUGGAAGCCUGAGGAGCGUCAUCGCGAUGGGCACCGGUGUCGACGCGAAAGGAAGGCUCGUUGUCGACAAGGCCUGACAGAGAGGCGAGUAAGGUUUUAGGCGCUUCAGCACAUUUGUAAAAACAAACGGCGUCGCUACAUGAUCUAGCGUCCGCAGUGCAAAUGUACCAUUAUAUCAUUCCUGUAGAAAAUAGUACACUUCAACACGGCCGUCCUCGCACUUCCAAGUGUGCGCCCAAGCCUCCGUUCUGGUGUUUGAUAGUUUUCUCACAUAG